AUGACAGAGUUCAACAUUGAGCGCCCUGCUUGGGUUCGUGACACAAAUCAAAGGUUAGUUCGUAAUCAAGUCGACCACUCAGACGAUCUUCCUCCUCCUGAAGAAGAGUCAGAGACGACACUGUUCACCAUGGAUGACCCGAAACUCAAGGAACUCUACAAGACUGUUGAAAACCUAGCUACAAUGGUCACCGACCUCUCUACUAAGGUCAACAAUGGCGGAGGCGCUUCCUCUAGCGCUAUGGUCAAAAGCAUGGAAAAACGCAUCAAGAAACACAUGGAUGGAGCUACUUACUAUGAGAAUCUGGACAAUGAAAUCUCGACUACAACUAAGCUUCCUGACAAGUUCUAUGCAAAUGAUCUCUCGCAAUUUCAGCCCACUGAUGAUCCACGCUUCCAUCUCAAGGCCUUCAAGGCUACUCUGGGACUCAAAGGAAUUGAUUUAGCUCUGUACCAAAAGAUCUUUCCGCUAUCACUUGCUCCAAUAUGCCAAAAAUGGUUCUUUUCCCUAUCUGAAAAGGAAACCGAAACGUGGGAGGACGUAGCUAUUGCUUUUAUGAACCGUUACAAGGGAAACAUUCGAACUCAAGCAUCCAUUCGUGAACUUGAAAUUCUGAAGCAAGGAGAGAAAGAGGGGUUCACGGCUUUCCUCUCUAGAUGGAGACAAGCAGCGGCACAACUAGUGCACACUCCACAUGAAUCAGAAAUGGUUAAGAUUUUCAUAUCAAAUUUGCAACCAAGGUACAAGAAUCACCUUCGAUACAUCGGCCUCGAGACUUUUGACAAGGUUUACCACAUUGGCAUAGCCAUUGAGGAUGACUUGUUGAAAGAAGGUGGUACCAAUACCAAGCCCAAGUGGAGUAAUAAUAGGAAAGACAACUCUAAUUCGUCAAAUAAUGUCUCCGCACUUCAGGCUUCCUCGGGCUACCCAAAGAAUCAAAGCUUUAAGCGCCCAAGACGUGAGUACUAUCCUUUGGGUAUGACUUAUGACCAAGCACUUGAACGUCUCCAAGGUCAGGGAAAAAUCGCACCAAUUGGCCCAACACCUGAUCCAGAAAAACCAUCGAAAAGAUGGGAUCCCUUGAAAUAUUGUAAGUAUCACCGAGGAAGGGGUCACACAACUGAAGAAUGCUACAAGUUAAGGGAUCUAAUCCAGGAUAUGAUCGAAGAUGGAAGGCUCCCACUUCCUCCUGGUGCAAAGAAGCCAAACAUCACAUCAAACCCUCUUACUACUCUCAUGAUUUCCCUUAAUGAAGAGGAAGUGUUUGAUCCUGCUACUCUCAUUUGUCCAAUAGGUCAAACAAUUGAUGUCCCAUUGCUUCUCAAUGACACUUUUGUUAAUGGUCUAUGGGGUGACGAAGAUGAAGAUGAAUACCUUGAAAACGUCGCAACUCAUCAAACCAUGACAGGAGAAAAUCUUGAAGAAGGAUUAGGUGACCAAGACAUCACUAAAACCCAUGCUGAUGUGCAGUUACUUACCAGAAGUGGGCGCGUACUCAACCCCACUCCGCAACCAAAUGCUGAUGACAUUCCUAUUAUUCCACCACCAGAGGAGAAUCCAAUCAUCAAGCAACUCAAGAAAACAAAGGCCGAAUUGAAUGUUUGGCAAUUAAUUGUCACUUAUAGAAGUCAUCGUGAAGCACUCCUCAAGGCACUUACUGAUAUUAAUGUAUCAAACGAAACAACUCCGGAAGAGUUAGUUAGCUUCGUGACUAGCCCCGCUGCUUCACCCUACUUAGUAUUUUCUGAUGAUGAUUUGCCUCCUGAAGGGCCCCACCACAACAAAGCCCUACACAUUACUGUAACCUGCAGGCAAUUCAACAUACCCAUGACUUUAGUAGACAAUGGAGCCGCCGUCAAUGUUUGUCCAUUAAGGACUGCUCAAAAGCUCGGAAUUUCGAUCGAAGAUCUUUAG